AUGGAAUACAGAAAGCCUCACUUUGAGCUGGAUAGCUCAAUGGAGGAUUUGAGCCUGGCCAAGCGUCUGAGUAGUCCAAGUUCGGACUCUAGCGAAAGCAGCGAACUGUUCAAUGCAGGAUUGGAAUCUGAGAGUAAAGCAAGCAUCGACAGUGGUAGUGGCAGUGGUAGUGGCAGUGGCAGUGGUAGUGGCAGUGGUAGUGGCAGUGGAGUACAAAGUAAUGAGCCAAGUAGAGGAGGUCCUGGAAGCAGGUAUUACACCGCUGCGGGACCCGUAAAGUUCGAGAAAGCCAAAAUUACCGGUGGAGCUCAAAAUUUGCCUCCUCCAACUAUCCAUGUGGUUAAACCGGAUGCUCAGAUGCCAGUGGAAGCAGCCGUAGAGGUUCAGUCGCCAAUUCAAAUGGCUUUGAGCUCUCUUUUCGGCCGGAUCGACCGCAAACAGUUUGAGCAAUAUCUCAAGGAACCGGAGCAUUUACGAAUCUACAAAAAACAACCCAAAAUCAAACAGUUCCGACGUUUGAUUCUCGCACAAGAGCUCAAUACCAGUUCAGGAACACUCGAUCGAUGCGCAGGCUCCAGCAAUACUUUAAGCAGCCUCGCAGAUGGCAGCAUAAAUACCAGUAAUGCUCCACGGGCGAUAUGGGCCACGAAAUUCAGUCGCGAUGGCAAAUAUAUGGCCACAGGCGGUAAGGAUUGUACACUACGUGUUUGGAAAGUAAUUUCUUCGCCUCUGGAGCGGAACGAACUACAAUUUUCUGCAGCCAAACCCAACGCUAAGCAAGUGGCAAUUCGUAAAUUAAGUGGUGGAACCACGACGGGCCGCAGUAUCAAUGACGCAGAUGCUUCUUUAGCAGAGCCCAUGAACUUAUAUGCUCCCGUAUUUCAUCCCUUACCGUACCGGACUUUUCAACAGCAUACGCAAGAUAUUCUAAGCAUCGACUGGUCCAAAAAUGGUUUCAUCCUUACAACAUCAAUGGACAAAACGGCACGCUUGUGGCACUGUGAUCGACCCAAGGCCAUCAAAACGUUCACCCAUCCGGAUUUCGUCACAUGCGCCAGUUUCCACCCGAACGACGACCGAUUUUUUAUCAGCGGAUGUCUCGAUCAUACCUGUCGACUAUGGUCUAUUCUGGAUCAUAAAGUUUCUUUCGAGUACUACUGCGGUGACAUCAUAACCUCCAUGGAUGUAUCGAUGGGCGAUGGCAGAUACACGGCCAUUGGUACUUUUAACGGUCACAUAACAAUAUUAUACACUAAAGGUCUGGAUUUGAUGACCACUUUCCACGUUCUCGAGUCGAGCAAAGAGCACAAUAGGAAAAGCUCUCCAAAUGGCCCCAAAAUAACGGGAAUUGAGUUUUUCAAAAACGAGCCCGAUAAUGACCUAAGAAUUUUGGUAACGUCUAAUGAUUCUAGAAUUCGAGUUUUUAGCGUCAAACAAAUGAGGCUACUAGAGGUCUUAAAGGGAUUCGAAAAUACGCACACUCAGAUCAGUGCUAGUUUAAUGAUACCACCGAGUAAGAAAAAACUAGUUAUUGCUGCCAGCGAAAACAAGUGGGUUUACUGUUGGCACUUGGAAUCCAGUAUAGCAAGGCCUGAUGAUAAGCACGUCCCAGAAGUAACGGAGCAUCAUCAUAAAGGCUCACUUCGCGGCUUGAUACGAAGAAGUUUGAGCAUAGGGAGUAAUCAUUCGAGCGAUACGAAGGGCAAAAAAUCAACGGCAAGAGCAACUUCGCCGUGUCCCACCAGAAACAAAUUCGAUCAGAGUAUCAAGAACUCACACUACGUUGCUUUUCACGCCCAUCACCACACCGCGACAACCACAGCGGCAGCUCCCUUGAGCACGUCCAAGAUUCUUGCAUUAUCUGAUGAUCUCAUUUGCGAGCUCACAAUGGCUCUCAGCGAGUCAGAUGAUGACGUUUUUAUGAUUCGCGAGGUCAAGUCGCUUCGCCAAUCCGGGAAACACCGUCAAAAAGCGCAGCACGAUAUAAUGGAGAGACGAGUCCCGUCAAUGAUAGAGGCUAUUGGCUCAAUUGUCGUUUCCACUGAUAGCUCCGGUGUGAUAAGGGUAUUUCGCUCCGACAUAUCAAGCAACGUAAGAAAGAAGCUGUUAAAAUACUCCGCCGAGCAUUUUGAAGCCACUCAAUGCGGCUGCAAUGGCUGCAAUGUGAGCUAUCCUCACAGCCAUGGCGGAUUGCUAGGGUUAACAAAGAAGGCAGCGCACUCGACGUUGUCGAAGUCUAAGCAUCUUGGGAACUCCACGCAUUCUAUCAAGUCAGCAGGAAGUCCCUCGUUGACCAGCAACCAUUAG